AUGGGAGUAUAUAUACCACCCCCCAGCGACGGUAGUAACUCAGGAUCAGGCUCAGGCUCAGGCUCUUCAGGGUCCUCUGGGUCAGGGUCCAGUGGAGGUGGCGGCGGCACAAUUAUCACCAUCCCCGAUCCCUCAUCGUUCUUCCCUCAGAACCCCAGUCUUGGGUUGAAGCUCUUUGGCCCACUAGUGCCCGCUGCUGAUAACACAGGGGCGCUUUAUUUUCUUACUGCAUUGCAGAUUACCAUUGGGUGCGUGGGGUUUUCCAGAGCAAGGCAGCUUCGUAAAUCAAGGCUAUUGAGUCUUGGUAUACCCAACACAUUCCAGCGCAAGCUCACCAAAUACUCGUGUGUGCUAGGUGGCUCGUACUUAAUAUUCCAGUCUGGGUUGGAAAUCACCCGGUUCAUAGUCCCGUACGAUCCGUGGUUGGAAGAGGCGAAAUAUUAUAGGAAAGUGGCCACCAAGAACGGCGAUGUGCCAAGUUGGUGGUUUGGUGCUACAGGGUACUACAAGCCAAUGUCGUUCAAAGAGUGGAACGAGAAGGUGGAAAGGUGGAUUGUGAACAGCAUAAAUAUGGAGGAAAACGCUUCGAAACGCUCACAGCAGCCUGCUGUGAUAGGAGCCACGCCAGUUACUGCUCCAGGAGUCAGCUCCACAGCAAAGUUGAUAGCCAACUUGGCACAGAAGGGUAGAUACAAGGAAAUAUACGAACAGCUAAAGGAUACAAACGUUAAGAGUCGUGAUAGCUUACUAGCAGGAGAAUUGGCCAAUGUCAAUGAGCUAAACAAAGCAGAAAGAAUUGACUUGAUAUUGGAAGGUAAGGGUGAUGUCCAUUACAGCGAGGGCUAUACCAAGCCUCCCAUAAUACUUGGAAACCACGGCUUGGAAAGUGAUGAAGAAUUUGAAGUGGCCUGGCUCAACUUUGAGCCAUGGGAAGAAUUGAAGUUGGAAACCGGUUAUGACAUUAGGCUAAUCCCAUUGUGGAGAAAUACAAGACAGGAGGUGGCCGAGCAGAAUGAAUGGGAGGAGAAUAUCAGUGCCGAGUCCGGCGCGUAG